AUGACCACCUCGCGCCAACACUACCUCGACUCGCAUCCAAGCCUGAACGCCUCAAUGGACGACUUUGAAGCGCGCGAAUUCUCGCCCACGAUCCCGGACAUGCCAUCGCAACAUUCUGGCUUCCGCAGCAAUCACGCCUCCGAAUACAGCGAAGCAAGUUCAAGGCGGUCGUAUUCACCGCCGGCGUGGAGGAAAGCGGGAAGUGGCUGGUUUCAAAAUCAUCAGACGUUGGAGCCAAGAGGGAUGGCGUAUGGGAGUAAAGAUUGCAGUCCGGUAUAUCACAGCGCGGAUGAGGAGGGCGAUGGAGAUUUGAGGAAGGCCAGGCGCAUUCCCUUGCCGGAGUCGCCGAUCAAGGGACAGAGUCCUAGGACGAGUCCGGAGCCCGUGGUCGAAUGUGAGGGAAAUGUUGACGAACAAGAAGGUGCAAACAUCAGGUUCUCAACAUCACUAGAUGUGGUCCAACGAACGGAGCCCAUUGAAGCUAUGGUCCACAGCAUCCGGCGCGCAACACAUCAUGUUACGAAAUCCUCCUACAAUACUCUCUUCUACGUCCUCUCCACUCUUUUCCUCUACUGGACAGUUACUUCCCUCAUCUCCACUCCCCAAAAUGGCCCCAUGCCCGACCUAGUCAAAGUCGCCGGCCUCGCAAAAUCCUUCGAGCCGGUCAUCUACUACUCGGAGCACGGCCACGCGCAGAUUGAGCAAUUACAAGAAACUGGCGUUGCAGUCUGGGAUCUCGGCGAGUCUGUCCGCAGCACAAACAUGACUUCUGCGCCUCUCAUCGUCCAUCAACUCGACGACCUCUCCGACAGCUUGAAAACCCUCGCCAUCGAACUCACCCGCUUCUUCGCAGGAGUGGACGCGGAUGUCGAUUCCAUCCUCCUCGUCAUGGAAUGGGCUCAGCGCGAACUGACCUCCAUCUCAUCCGAACCACCCUCCACAAUCGGCUCCGUCUGGUCCAAUGCGCACACAGCUUUAACCCGCAUCGGCCUACUCUCCGACUCUCCUCUCGCACAGACCUUGUUGGGACAGACCUACCAACAACGCACCAAGGCGACGCUCGAGCGCACCUUUCACGAGUUCCUGGGCGUGCUAGAAGAAAGCAUCAACAACGAACUCGCCUACUCCAUCCAACUGUUCCAACUCUUCGAAGCGAUCGACAAGCAAUUCCUCAACCUCCAACGCACCGUCAUCCGCGAACAAGACGCUCAGGAGAGGAUGGAAAACGACUUCCUUUCCUCACUGUGGACGAAAGUCAUCGGCGUCAAUGCAUCGAAACUGCGCAAAUACGAGAAGAACAAGGAGCUCCUGCAUUCCGUUCGGGAUCGAACCGUUAGCAACAAGCACGUGCUUGUAAACCACAAUCAACGCUUGCUCCAGUUGAAGAGCAACCUGGAAAUUCUGCGCAGGAGAUUGGUGAGUCCCAUGGUAAGGGCGAGCAAUUCGAGUACCUUGUCUGUGGACGAUCAGAUUCGGGGUUUGGAUGGGACGUAUCAGGAAUUGAAGUCGAGUCGGGAUGCGCAGAAGAGGAAGAUGAUGGAGUUGGUUUAUGGAGCUGGAAGCCGGCGGGUGGUGUUGCCGAGUGGAGCGGAGAGGGGGAUUGAGGGUGGGCAAUGAGUUGAUGGGAAUGGCGUACUUGGGCUUGGAUACAGACUUGGGACUGGAUGCUGUUUGGACCGGCGCUGAGGGAUUGGAAUGGAUACGGGAUGGAUGACUGAUAUGAUGGGUUUGGGAAGGAC